AUGGAUUGGCUUUCUUGGGCCGUUGUGCCCAUCUUCGUCUUCGGCAUGUGGCUCUACACCUCGCAGCUCGCCAGGUCGUUUCCGACGCUGCAGGGCAAACGGAUACUGCUCCUCAUAGCCCAUCCAGAUGAUGAAGCCAUGUUCUUUGCGCCUACUCUGCUGGCAUUGACGCGUCCAGAGCUUGGGAAUCACGUGAAGAUACUGUGUCUCAGCAGUGGCGAUGCUGAUGGGCUGGGUGAAACCAGAAAGAAGGAGCUUGUCAAAAGCGGAUUGCAGCUUGGACUGCGCUCAGCAGACGACAUACUUGUUAUAGAGGACUCCAACUUUCCAGACUCAAUGGCCGUAACAUGGCAUCCACGCUUGAUCUCGAAUCUCUUGACCGCAACUUUUGCGCCCAAGAUGGCCUCUGUAUCUUCAAAGCAAGCUCCACAAGCCAGCAUUGACGCUAUCAUCACAUUUGAUGCUCAUGGUAUCUCCUCGCAUCCUAACCACGUAUCCUUGUACAAUGGCGCGCACGCGUUCUUGAAAGCGCUCAUGCACCGUCACAGUGGCUGGGACUGCCCAAUCAAGCUCUACACGUUGACCACUACAUCCAUUCUGCGUAAAUAUCUUUCCAUACUGGAUGCUCCUGCCACUAUGGUUGGCGCUGUUGUACGGAAAAAGGAGCUCGGUGGCUUUCCGACCCCUCUCGUGUUCGCUAGCUCACCGGUCGGAUACAGAACGGCACAGAAAGCUAUGACUACUGCACAUGAGAGCCAAAUGAGAUGGUUCCGAUGGGGUUGGAUCACCGUCUCUCGAUACAUGGUGUUGAACGAUCUGAAGAAGGAGAAAACACUAUAG